UUGUUGAUAAAAAACAAACUUUAUAAUAAUGAUGACAGUACUCCAAUAUCGAUAAAAUUUAUAAAAAAAGAAAAUUGCCACACUUUUUAACUCAGAGGGUUGAAAACGUGCAAUAAAUUGAAACAUGUUGGAGAAAAUAAAUAAGGAGCUAGUGCCGAUAAAGGCACAUUAUUUUUUAUAUAAUGCUGCAACAGGCCCAAUAAUACCAUUUUUACCAGUUAUUGCAAAACAACUAGGAUUCUCUGGAUUUUUAGUGGGUAUAAUUUAUACGAUUCUCCCAAUAUCAGGACUGUUGGCGAAACCGUUAUUCUAUAGCAUAGCUGAAAAAUUUAAUCUGCAUAAAAUAUUCUUUCUUACAUUUCAAGCAAUACUCGCUAUCUCAUUUUUUUCGAUAUACUUUAUACCCAAAAUAAAUCACCAGUCAAUAGGUAAUGUCACAUUGGCAUGUCAUGCAGAAACGUAUCUUCAUAUAUGUCCAUAUAACACGAGUGAUAGAUUUUCUGAUGAAGCUCUGAGUCAAGCUUCUGUAUCCAAUACCACGCAUUCUUCUUGCAAACUGUCUUGUCAAGGUUCGUCGGAGGCGUUCAGCGAACUUUGCCAUGGUUGGCAAUUGAAUCAAUUUUGUGGGCUAGUCAAUACGAACAUUGAGCCAGAUACCAAAUUCGAGUUUACGGCUGGAUUUAAUAUAGAUGAUAAUCAAAAUAUAAUGUCUUGUUUGCAUGUUAAAAUAAAAAAUGUAACAUUUGAUGACGAUAAGCCUGUUCAUCCAUUCUGUGACGUGAAAGAUAAACCAAUGUACACUCAAUGUGUGGCUAAUUGUACAGAUGUACCAGAAAUGAAAAAGAUAUUUAAUGAACUAGAUGGUAAAGAUACCCACCUGACCACGAACUAUCAAUUUCACUUAUUUUUGUGGUCUUGUGUUGUCAGUUGGAUUGGUAUGGCUGUAGUUACUAGUAUUGCUGAUUCUAUUUGUAAUGAUAUUCUAGGCAACGAACGUAUCAACGAAUUUGGAAAACAAAAAUUAUGGGGAUACAUUGGAUUUGGAAUUUUUUGUAUCAGUACUGGAUACUUAGUUGAUCUUUUCAGCAGAGGAAUUCCCGAUAAAGAUUACUCAUGUAUAUUUUAUAUCAUGUUAGUAGGCAUGAUAUUUGAUAUAAUUGUAUCAGGAACUUUAGAUAAAAAAUCUGUAGAUCGUACUGACGACGAUCCAUCUGUUUUAUGGGAAUUGGGAGCAGUAGCGCGAGAAGGCCGAGUACUAGUAUUUAUUUUUUGGUGUGUCGGCGCUGGAAUAUGCACUGGAGUCGUUUGGAAUUUUUUAUUUUGGUAUACGGAAGAUAUAGCGACAAAUAAAGAUUGGCUGAAAACACUUCAAGGUUUACUUGUUGGUGUCCAAUAUUUCUUGGGCGAGUUGCCGUUUAAUUUUAUUUCUGCGCGAGUACUUAAAAAACUUGGUCAUAUUAAUGUAAUGAGUUUAGUUUUGAUUAUUUAUGCAGUAAGGUUUAUGGCAUAUAGUUUAAUUACAAAUCCGUGGAUAUAUUUACUCGUGGAAUUACUUCAUGGACCAACUCUGGGUCUCUGUCGGCCAACAAUGAUUGCUUAUGGAGAUAAAAUAGCUCCUUCUGGUACGAGAGCGACGAUGCAGGGUCUCGUCGGAGCUAUUUUUGAAGGAAUUGGUGUAUCUAUAGGUAGUCUUAUUUGUGGACGACUGAUGGAUGACUACGGUGGGAUGCUGACAUUCCGCAUAUUUUCCGUUGGUGCAUUGUCUUGGUUAAGUAUAUACUGGAUGUUACAGCUGUUAUUGCGAAAAGCCAAGGCUUACCCACUUCACCAAGGCCACAGUCAUUUGGCAAGUUAUGCAACGCCAAGCGAUGCAAUUCUUAUGACAACGAGCCAAGAACUUCAAACUUAUUAACAAUAAGUCUGAAUAUUGAUCAGAUCACUAUGGAUCACAUGUGAUUGGUGCUUUCACAGAUUUUUUAAAAUGUUUAAUACUUAAAUUAUAAUUGUCUAUACACUCAUUUGUAUCGUUUCUCAACCAAUCUAUAUUUGUUAACCUCGGUGAUUAUUAAUCUUUCGGAUUAAAAUAAUGUAUUUAAAAUUUUAUAAUUGUUUUUAUAUGCGUAUAACGCUAUUUAAUAAUAAACUUUGAUAUUAUAAUAUUGUAGAUUACUCCGAAAGGUUAAUAAGAUUGUGAUUAUGUGAUAUUUCAUGUUUUAUUAUUCAGUACCUCAGUAUUAUUUACGAAAGAACAAAUCACUACAAUAUUAAACAUUAAUUAAGUACUUUUAAUAGCUUUUAAUCAUGAAUUUGUACUAUUUUAUAAAUCUAUAAAUUCAAUAAUAAUUAACAAGGUCAGGAUUAAGUAAA